GUAAUGAAUGACAUGAGUCAUUGCAGUGUAACUCCUCCUCCAAGACACGCCCCCCUAAAGAAAAGUCUAUGAAUAAAAGGCUCCGCUGACUUUAAGAUUAAGUGAGGACUUUAACACUGAGGUAGCAGCACUUGUAGGACAUAAUACAGUUUCAUGUUUUGCUUUGUAGUUUUACUUUAAAACAAAAAAAGAAACAGUCAAGUUGAAGAUUUAUUUAAACAAGACCAGUUAUAGGUUUGUGAAAACAAAGAUCCUGGGAUAUUUCUUGGAUUAUUUCUGGAUUUUGACCUUCACACACAAGGCUUGGGGACCAACAUCAGGAUGGCUGCGAUCUUUUGCCUGAUGGGUCUGGCUCUGCUCACGCAGGGCUGCUGGGGCAGUCUGGGACAGACUGACAUCGGCUGCAAGCGUUGGCAUCAAAAAGGAGCAGAUGUAUGCUGUGAAGAGUGUUAUCCUGGGAACCGCCUGAUCAAGGAGUGUGGCCCAGAUCCUAGAACACUCUGUGAACCUUGUGAUCCUGGCUAUUAUACACUGAAGCCAAAAGCCUACAGUUGUGACAGAUGUACACAGUGUGUUGGUGCUCAAGUCCACUUGGAAGACUGCACAGCCACAAAGGACACAACGUGCGGCUGCAGAGAUGGCCUUGCUUGUGGAAAUGACCAAUGUUCCUUCUGUGUGGAAAAGUGUGCAAAAGGUUAUGAACCCACGGAUGAUCGCUCUUGCAGACCGUGUCCACAGGGAACUUUUAGCGACAAAAGCCAAAAAAAUUGUCAACCGUGGAGUACCAGGUGUCCACAUCCAAAUCAAAGGAUUGUUGCCAAAGGAAAUGCAUCUUCUGACAUUCAGUGUAUCACAGAAGGCUCCGUGAUCAAUCCCAGGCCAGAUGACGCAAAUCAAACAGGGCCGUUGGUCUUAAUUUUGAUCAUAGCUAUGACAACAUUUUGCAUCACCAUUACCAUCUUCAUCAUCAUUGUCGCUGUGAAACACAACCAGAGAAGAAAGAGGAAAAUAGUGAAACCCUUACCCCCAACGGAAAGCCCCACAGAUGAUCCCAGGACAUUAAUUGCCAUUGAAUGCAGCUUUCAUGAAGCUCAGCAAGAACAAGGCAGCACCAGCACUGAGUCGCUGAUCUCCAAUGGGUCCUCAAAACUAGUCAUCGCCUGAGUGGAAGAACCACAGUUACAGUUCAUAUCUGGUUAAACCGUUAUUAGGAAACCCGGGUUCUCUUAAAUGAGAACCCAUCUGUGAUACUGAGCCGCAAAGCUUAAAUGACUUAAUUUUUGCCUGUUUCCUAAUGAAGGAAAGGCCUCAAAUAUAUGCACUUAGUUGUACUAUUCACCACGGCAACUACAUUUAAAAAUCUUCAUAGCUCCAGUUGAUAAGGCGUCUUUUUUUUGAGUUCUUUUGCAUGGUACAACAGGAUACAAUCACAAUGAUCCCUUGAUGACGCUGUAAACAUAAAGAGCGGAGUAAGGGGAAUUCUGUGGGAAAAAACAAAGUGGACUGAAGUCGUUUUUCCCCCCCCUUUGUUAACUGUGAAAACAAAAGAAUCCUCCAAUAUACCUGACACACACGCACAUGCACACACAAAAAAAACCUUUUCUAAUGAAGUAGGCCUACUUGUCCCGUGGACUGUUAUUCAACCACUGAAACAUGAAUGUUUCCUGAUAUUUGCAUGGCUGAGCAGCUGUUACUGUAUGAAACUACAGUGCAGGUGGGUGUAACGCUGUCAGCUUUUAGUCACCUCCAAUUCAGAGCCCACACAGGCCUUUGAAUAAAGAUGGCUUUUAUCUAUCUAUCUACCAUCGAGUUGCUGAUGAAUAUUAACAUCAACAGGAAAUACAUGGACUUUCCUGUUGUUGAACAAGUGAUAGUAAAAAAGUCCAGAGAAUGGGUUUUUCCCUUAUAGUAAGUAAACACACCAACCCUGCGUUGCAUUCAUGUUAAAUAAUGGUCCAAUUAGAAGCACAUUCUUGGUUACAGUUCACCAACACUACUGAGCAAAGGCUGACGUGCGUUUUGUGUGAAGAAGAGUCAUAUAAUACAUUAGUCAGAUAACAUUCCAAACAAUUAGUCAGGCAUCGCUCCUGGUUAUCUAGCAUUCCAAGUGAAUGUGUCAAGUGGGACAUCCUCUCACAUGCAGCAAGUCAUCAGAUGAGGCUCAAAGGUCAUGUGGAAACCCCCUGGUCGGUCCGGGCUGUCGAGUGUUUGCAAAGUCAAGUGGGCAGCAAUUUCAGACCAACGGGGAGGUUGUUUUUUUUGUCUUUUUCUUUGAGCUGCUCUUCUUUACUGGUCUAUAGUGGGUGUUUCUUCAGAGGAUGGAAGAUUAUCUAAGUAUGCUGUGUGGGCUUCGAGGUGAAAAUGUUAACCCACAUGUAUAAUGAUGUACAAGUUUACAUGUAUGAGUCACAAACUUAGCUAGUAACAUCUGCUGGGAGACCUCAAAGUUCACAGGUGUCACCUUCAGAAGUCUAAACUGUAGCACUUUGACAAGUACCGGUACCUACUGUAAUUUACAAGACGUACUUGUAGUUUUUUAAAAUGUUUUACUGUUAACAGGGUUUGUAUGUAACUUUAUUUUUAUAUAUAAAAUGUGUCAGUAUUUCACCGACACUGGAUAAGACUGUACUGUAUGUAUACUUUCAAUGUACUUUGAACUUUGACAUUUUAUGACACCAAAUAAAUAUUCUAUUCUUUUUAUUCGUUAUAUUUUCAUACAGAGUAGCUGCACACACUUUAGUCCAACAAAGC